AUGUCACUUAACAUCCGCAUUUUGUUGGCAAUAUCCAACAAUGGCGUAGAAAAUAUUUCGGCCAAGCUUGUCCCAAAAAGCACCAACACUGAAAUAUUCAUUAAUUUCUUAAAAACGCCCAUAAAGAAACUUGAUGAAACCCACCCUGUUCCUCAAUUGUUUGUCCUGAAUAACGCGCCUAUUCACAGAUUUCAUUUGGUCAGGGACUUUAUGGCAACGACAAGGCACCACAUCAAGUUCUUGCCCCCCUACUCUCCCUUCCUUAAUUCAGUAGAGGAGCGUUUCUCCAAACUAAAGGGUUUGGGUUAG